AUGACACCAUAUGAAAAACAUGAUUGUUCAGGAGAUGAAACAUCAGGUAAUGGUUAUUCGCUAAUUGUUAAUGAAUGUUUUGCAUUUGAUAGACAAUUUUUUAUGGUUGAAUUUAACCAUGAUCAUUCAAAUGCAACUAUUAAUCAAUAUCAUGAUAAUAAAUGUUCAAAAAUUGUUAAUGAAACUGAUAAAACUUUUGAAAUUAAUGAAUGUUAUCAAGCACCUAAUUAUGUUUGGAAUAGUGGUGCAGAAGCAAAUAACUUUGUCAAAAUUUCAAUCUCUACAAACCCAAAUUAUAUUCCACAAUAUGGUCACAGACAAACUACAUUUCCAGGCGAUAUAAACUGUCAAUCAAAUCCAUGGUUUUAUUGGUAUGCAACUAAUGAAACAAAAUUAAAUUAUGAUGAAGAAGUUAUAAUUUUUUUUUGUAUUGAUAAUCAACCAUAUAAAACUCUUUGUAAUCCAUGUUGUGAAACAGAUUAUUCUAGUCUCUCAUGUGUUUCAUCAGGUGAUGUUAAAGAUCCUUUUGGAACUGUUGAAGAAACAUGUUAA